AAAAUAUUUAGAAGACUUCUGGACCUCGGAGGUAAACUACACUAUGGGUCGGUUUCACCAACAAAAAAUAAAUCGGUGAAUAGUUAUUCGUCGAAUAAGAUUUAUUAGUCAAUUAAAUUUUAUUGCGUUUCAAUAACUAUUUGUAAUCCACAGUUAGUUAUUCCUGGUGCUAUGGAUGCCAUACAGUUGUUACAACCACAUACUGCUAUGGACAUUCCUGGUACGUCCCAACCACCUCCUGCUAUGGACAUCCCCAGUAAGUCCCGAGCACCUCCUGUGAUGGAUGUCCCUAGUACGUCCACCGGUUUAACACCAAUUAUAAUACAAGAUGAGAAAGAUUCAUUGCAGCAAGGUGGGCCAGCAGCUGCAAAAACAACAAAAGGCAGUAAAAGGAAAUGUCCUUCAUGCGAGGAAAUGCAGGACAAUAAAAAUCUUGUAUUAGAUAAAAAAUUAGAAAUUUUGGAAAUUGUGAGGAGAAAGGAAUUGGUUGAAUUAAAAUUAAAAGAAAUAGAACUGAAAUCAAAAGAUCCGAAUUGGAAUCCAAAUUGGAAUUAAUAAAUAUUAUGCUUCAUACCUUGGAAAAUGUGCUUUAAUAUUCUUUAUACAGGCUAAUCCCUAUGCAUAAGUAUUAGUAUAAAUUGUAUAAAAUAUAUAAAAACACGCUGUA